CCGCGCUGUGGAGGCGGCGGCCAUCUUGGCGGCGGAGCCAUGAGCGGGUCCAACCCGAGGGCUGCGGCCGCGGGCUCGGCGGCUGGGCCCGGGGGGAUCCUGGCUGGCAAGGAGGAGAAGAAGAAGAAGGGCGGCGGUGUCCUGAACCGGCUCAAGGCGCGGCGGCAGGCGGCCGACGACGGCAUCGGGGCAGCGGUCACGGAGCAGGAGCUGCUGGCUCUGGACACCAUCCGGCCCGAGCACGUCCUGCGCCUCAGCCGGGCCACCGAGAAUUAUUUAUGUAAACCGGAAGACAACGUCUACAGUAUUGAUUUCACUCGCUUCAAAAUUCGAGACUUGGAGACAGGGACAGUGCUUUUUGAGAUUGCCAAACCUCGUAUUUCAGACCAAGAGGAGGAGGAGGAGGAGGAGGAGGAAGGUGGGGAUGUGGAUGUCAGUGCAGGACGUUUCGUCCGUUAUCAGUUCACACCAGCAUUUCUGCGCCUCCGGACAGUUGGGGCUACAGUGGAGUUCACAGUGGGAGACAAACCUGUGUCAAACUUCCGGAUGAUCGAACGGCACUAUUUCCGGGAACGCUUGCUGAAAAACUUCGACUUUGAUUUCGGCUUCUGCAUCACCAGCAGUAGGAACACUUGUGAACAUAUCUAUGAGUUUCCCCAGCUUUCCGAGGAUGUCAUUCGUCUGAUGAUUGAAAAUCCUUAUGAGACUCGUUCUGACAGCUUCUACUUUGUUGACAACAAGCUGAUAAUGCACAACAAGGCUGAUUAUGCCUAUAACGGAGGCCAGUAACCGCUGCAGGAGUGGACAGGGAGGCGCUUUGCUGUGGCCCAAGUUCCUGGCACAUGGGGGUGCUUGAAGCUGCAGUUUAUCAACACACUCCCAGGAAGCCAAGACUGGGGUGGCAGUUUUCUGUGCUCCAAGAGAGUGCCAAGCAGUGCUAUGUUUUCUUCCCAGUAUUUUUCUUCCCUUUUUUCCCCUGUCCCUUAGGUUGCAGCAGCGGUACUAUAGUAAAGUGAGAGAUUGAAAUCCAGAUGAAAAAGAACAUUUAUUUUCAUGGGCUUAUAGCUGCCUCCUGCUUGUCCUAAUGAGCCUGGGUCUCUCCGGGCACAGCUGUGCCAGGGUGAGAAGGCUCUGGUCAGCCGGCUUGUAGGUUAGCAGCUCUUAAGGUAGGGUCCUGGGUGUGGCGGGAAGCUGAAAGGUGGGCCUCUUCUGGGCAGCACCUCUCACUUCUGUUGUUGCCAUCAGCACUGUCUGACCUCAGCCUGUGCAUAGUCCUAAACCAAUUGGAAAGAUACUUAAAAGGGGGUGGAAGGGAGGAGAGGUGCCAAGAGUCAGGGUGCUAGGGAUGGAUGAGGCCUUCAAAUGGAGAGAUCCAUGUUAUAGAGAGGCCUGCUUAUCUGUCUGACGUCUGGGAUCAUCUUUUUCUCUGGGGAUACACCAAGGUGCAGCCUGGCAGUGCCUUCCUGUUCUCAUUUUGGAAGAAAGAUGCACUUGCCCUGCUUCUGGCUCCUAACAUUUGAGUACCUCUUCAAGUAGAACGUGUUGGGUUUGUUCUUGGGAACAGUAGUAUCUUUUGAGGCCAGAACAGGCCUCACUGUAUUUUGUUUUUUAUUUCUAGGCUUCUUUUUGGGAGGUUUUAUAAGUGUCAGUGGUGUUCCCAGUGCGUGUUGUGUGUGGUUAGACUUCUGCUAGUGUUAAUCAGGCUCCUGGGGCUAAUCUGGCUCAUGUUGGGCCUGAGUAUAGUUACAAACCAGCAGCUACUUAAAAGAGUGCUGGUUUUGGCUACAGAGCAUAGCCUGGAGGGUUGGCUUUUGAUGGGGAUUUGCUGGAGAACGCUCUGGAUUUCUUAUUUAGGAGGAUUUUCCUGUCUGCUUUUAUACUGAAGUAGUUUCUGGAACCAUCCUGGCAGGUCAGAGUUAAGUAAUGCAUAUUCUGAUCCUUCAGACUCCUAAUUGGAAUUUUGGGUGUUUGGAAAGGGUGAAAUAGGCUGAUGUGGCCUAUCAGAGAGAUGUGUUCUCGGAAUACCUUCCUUGCACAUCCUGUGGGCUACUUUUGCCCUUAGGCACUUAUAAGAUAGAUCUUGCCUCCUCAGCUCCCUGCGGUUUUCUGACUGUGUAGGCCGCUAUAAUGUUCAGCCUGAAUGCUGUGAUCCUCUGAUAAGAUUGUUGCAGUGGCCAGGAUUUAGCACUGAUAGACAGGUAGCAGCAGGAAGACCCCAGGGAUGUGGUAACAGUCCCUGUGCCCAAGAUGCUUGAGAGAAAGGUCAUGUGGGGCCAGCACGCUGCCACAGAAGCCCCAGGGUAUCCACUGACCAGGGUUGCCCCCUGAUUGGAUUCUAGAGCGUGAGUGGCCUUGAACCUUAGCCCGUUACUUUGUGCCAGGCCAGGAUCAGGGCUGUUUCAGAUGCUGGCAGCUUUCUCACUGAGAAAACCUUGGGUUAGCCCCUGUGUGCUGCCACUGGAUCCAGCCACCGAGUGAGGGAAGAGACUGUGUACCCUGUGGAAUGGGUUCUCAUCGCCAGACAGAGUGAAUCUCAGAACUGGAGUCAGCACAAAUCCAGGUGCCUUACGUGUGGCUGCGUCUCAUGUGCUGCUGGGGAAAGCUGCAUCACUCUCAUUCCCUCCUCAGCUGCGGACAGACGUCAGCACUGCCUCCCUCUGCUAGGUACUGUGGCUCCCCUAACAUACCUGUGCAUUCCUAUUGAGCUUCAGAACAACCAGGUCUCAGAAGCCCAUUGGUAGAGUUUCUACUUUUUGGUACUUACCUAGGAGGUGGUUUCUAGAGCUGCCCAGAGCUGCUCAAUAAGUGGGUCUGGGUAGUGCGUCGCAGUGCAGCCUGUGUCUUGUAGACUAAUGGGCCAUCUUUUUCUCUGUAGUGUUAGCUUCUGCUAGGAGGAGGACCACGGGCAGAGGAGGCAGGCAUUCUGGCUUGAAUAGUGCUGUGUCCUCGUCCUCAUCAGCUUGCUUUUGGUGUCACUGGAGACCAGGUUGAGGCCAGCUGCUCAGUCUGAACCCAGUGGGACAGGGAUUUGCCAUUUCCUGCUCCUGAAGGUCUGGUGUUCUCCAGACAUUUUUUGUACCUGCAACUCCAAAUUCUUAUGUCUAGCUACUCAGGAAAUCUUGAGAAGCAUUGCCAUACCAGGGUGUUAACCAGGGUGAGUUUUAGAUACAAGCUUUUGUGCCUGAAUUGGGGAGAGAAUUGGAAGUCAUCUUUUGAAUGUAGUGGAAUCAAUCAGAAGUUGAAUCAGGAGGUCAUGUGAUUGAGGAAUCUGGACUAUACUGACAGCAGUGAUCUUUUUUUUUGUUUGUUUUUUGGUAUCGUUAAUAUACAAUUACAUGAGCAACAUUGUGGUCACUAGAUUCCCCCCAUUAUCAAGCCCCCACCACAUACCCCAUUACAGUCCCUGUCCAUCAGUGUAGUAAGAUGCUAUAGAGUCACUACUUGUCUUCUCCCUGACAGCAGUGAUCCUGUGGGUGAUACAGCAGUGGGGAAGAAACUACCUGCACGGGGAGACAGAGUGAGAGGCAGCUCUGGAGCGGGCACAUUCCAGCAGCCUGACGGGCCCUGCUGGUGGCACAGAGCCUGCUGCCUGCACCCCUUCCUCUCUUGUCUUGCUCCUGUCCGUCUGCCUUGGGAUCUCCUGGGAGUGCACCUCUUUUCCUGUGGAGCCUUUGGGCUAAGAUAAGAUGCCCUUCUAGCUUUUCCAAAGAAGAUGCUGAUUAUUUCAUUCUGUGUUCUAAAUGGUAAACAGAGGAAGUAACUACAAGUAGUUCCAGGCUAAAGGAGACUGUCCUCUCCUUAUGUGUUAGCCCUAAGCUCCCAUGCUUAGAUAGUUUCCAGGGGCAGGCAGGAUUUCCUAAAGACAGCAGUCUCCUUGGGCCGUCUAGUUCUCAAAUAGGGGCAGUGGUGUGGGGAUGGGGGCUAACCGUAGACUGGUGAUUCUUGAAAUGUCAGAGACCCAAGAGUUGUCAACUUCUCUUUUCAGUUGGAAAGAGAACUCAUUUCUGGAACGGACUAAAUAGGCUGUGUCUAAUGUAUGAAUUGGGUGAGUCUUGCCUUAGUGUGUCCUGCCACCCCUGGUAGGCUCCCAGGGUACAUUUUUUUUAAAUCCAAAAAGUCACUUUCUUUGGGUGGCCGUUGUCGCCAUGAUGUCAGUGAGGUAUGGGGAAUCUGGGGAGUGGGGACAGGCCUAAAACUGGCAGCACGGGCUCCGUGCCAGGGCACUAGGAGUCCUGUUGCAGAGGGGCUGCUGUACCCACUUGGAGCCCCAUCACCCAAUCGUCAUGUUACUCACAUUCCGUGUUCUGGAACAUUGUAGCCACAAGAAGGAUCUGGUGGAGGUGGAUUUACCCUGUGUUACAAAGGAUCGUGUAAAGUCAUUGAAGUUGUGAAAGUCUAUUUUUUUCCUCUGUAAAUCUAUUUUUCACAGAAUAUAAGACACAUCAAUGACCUGAUCUGUCCUCCUCUUUCCCCUUCAGCUAAGAUCCUCAUUCCAGUUUGUAUUGUCUUUGUGUCCAAAGUAAUGAACUAGGUGACUUACUUGUAUAAAAUGUUAUUUUGCCACAAGAGACAGUAAUAAAAGAAAGAUUUUUCACAGUA